AUGGCUCUGACUCUGCUAGAUAUGGCGCAGAUCUUUGGGUUCAGGCCCCGUGGAAGACUUGUGGAUGCAGUAGGUGAUUACCAUAGGAGAAAGAACCAGAAGAAACUAGACAAGCCUUUCACCAUCUCUCUAGCCCUCAUUAACCAGAACUGCUCCUUCUACAAUUACUUGAGAAAGUUUAGUGCUGAGAAGGACAAGGAUCAGCAACAUAUGCUUUUCCUUCUGUACUGGCUGAACAAUUUUGUCUUUCCAAAUCGCUCCUCAGUAGUUCUUCUUGAAUACAGACAUCUGGUAGAAGCGCUUCACAAUCAUACUGACGUAGGGCUUGGGCCUACCGUUCUGGCUUAUCUUUUCAAGAACCUACACAUGGCCACGCUGGAGAAUCCACUAAACUUGUCUGCUCCUAGCGCAUUUUGGAUGAUUCAGAUCUGGCUAUAG